AUUUAUAAACAAAAAUUUAUAAAUACAUGCACAAAGUCAAACACAUUAUCCAUCAGUUUGUUCUUGCAGUUUUCAAUGGAUAUUGCAGCCAUGAAGAGGGCUGAAGAUGUUACGAGUGUGGAUGUGUACACUGCUAAGGGUCUCCUCUGCACUGGUCACCAUUACUUGGAUGUCAGGACAAAUGAGGAGUUCAACAAGAGCCAUGUUGACAAUGCACUGAAUGUUCCUUACAUGUUCAUCACCCAUCAAGGUAAAGUGAACAACCCUGAAUUUCUGAGCCAGGUCGCAUCUGUUUGCAAGAAAGAUGACUAUCUAGUUGUGGGUUGUAACAGUGGAGGCAGAGCGCUCCGCGCUUGUGUUGAUCUUCUGAAUGCAGGUUAUGAACAUGUGAGUAAUAUGGAAGGAGGAUACUCUGCCUGGGUGGACAAUGGACUUGCAGGAAAUAAACCAGCAGAUGCGCUUAAGACUGCCUGCAAAUUCCGCCCUUGAAGCGAACAAGUUCUCCAUCUAGAGACUCCCACGUUCGAGUAUUUAACGUUCAAUAAUUGAAUGCAUAUCUUAUUGUGUAUAUUAAGAACAUGAUCUGGUGAACUUCUAUUUAUGAUAACAUAAAGUUCAUCUUUA